AAUUUGAAGGGUGUGUAUCCUAUCAUUCUAUCAAUCCGUUUAGAUGUUUUCAAAGUGCUGGUAUACAUCUGCUGUAAUAUGUCGUCACACAGUCAUCGAACAAAAGAGAGUCUCCAUCGUCAUCUCCUAAAUACUCUCAUCGACAGAUUCCUCGACGGAAGCAAAAAAGAUGGCCAUAAUUUCAUCGCAUGGAAGACUCACCUCAAGAGGUACUGUAACAUUGCCGCCCAGGAGGAGAAAGGACUUAAAUCAGACUUUAGUUAUCUAGAGAGGAGGGGUUUAUUGUCCGUGGGUCAAUACAGCAUUAUUAACAAGAUCUUCCAGAAGUUUGACCCCCGCGCCGUCAGUUUCAUUAACAAGGUCAAGAAGGAUAUGGCGGAUUUACCCUCAGAGCAGAAAAUGGAAGCAAAAUCUGCAACUCUAAAAAUCGAAGCAUUUAUUCUUCCGGUUGAGAAAACGGUCGAAAGUGCAUUAUGGGAGAUAAUUCACGACACAGUUUUCUACAUUGAAUCCUCUCCGGAUCCUGUCGUCUCGACCGAGGAAGCCCUUGAAAUUCUUGACAGUAAUUCCGCCGGAAGUAGAAAGAAACCAAAACUUAAAGACCUCAUCGACAAAACACUGAAGCUUCAAAAAGAGUUACUUGGUGAUAAAGAACACGUCAUAAGUUCCGGUGUCCUUAAAUCAAUUUUUCUUCUCUACCAAAAAUUGCGGAAAAUGAACCAUCUUAAGCGUUUAAAGAUUGGUCCAAAAGGGAAUUUCGUGAUGCUUGCAGAAUUUUCAACCGUCAUAGAUUUAAAGAGUUGUCUUGCAGAGAGCAGUUUAAAAGUUCUGAAUAGUGACGUCACAGACUUCUUUACCUCGGCCUAUGAAAACCUCGGGGUUGACAUGAAGUAUGGAAACGUCAUAGUGAAAGUGAAAGAGGCAGGGAUAAAGGAAGGCAGGAAAAAAUCCCCAGAAAUCGACAGGGGAUCCCCCGAGGAGAAGAAGACGGCAGACAGGAGAAUCGCUGUCGAUGAUUUACAUGAAAUCUGUCAUAUAACCUUUGUACUCCCUGAUCAGUUCUGGGUCAGUGAUUCCGACGGGUCAAUGAUUCUGGUGAACCAUGACGGAGAUAUUUUAGAUACGCUGAAAACAAAAGCUCACGCUUGCGGAAAACACGCUGUAACGAACAAAGGUGAUCUUCUUUACCUCGAUCACGGCUGUGUAAUGAAGUACGUGCCCGGACAUAAUGCCAAAACUCUUGUAUCGGAUAUCACCUGCGGUGGAUGGUGGGAGUGGUCCAUUUUCUGCAGUCAUCAAAAUGGCGAUAUCUUGGUUGGAAUGACAGACGAAGAUUUAGACCAUGGAAAAGUCGUUCGAUACAAUAAACUCGGGGAGUUGAUGCAGACGAUAGAAUUUAGCGCUUCUAUGAAACAUCUAUACAGCGUACCAAGGUACAUAACCGAAAAUGUCAAUCGUGACGUCUGCACGUCAGAUAACGCGGGAAUUGUGGUAGUUGAUAAGACGGGAAAACAUCGAUUUACCUACCAUCUCAGAAUACCUCCGCACGGACUUUGCACCAACUCUCAUGGACACAUUAUAGCUUGUAACUGGACGUCCGCUAUUUACAUUAUAAACCGUGAUGGGCACCUGUUGAGUUUAAUAGGAGUGAACACCAGAGAUGUUAUUUCUCUCUGCAUAGACGAAGAACAUAACCUCUAUCUGGGCUCUGAUUGUUCGAAUACUAUCAGUGUUUACAAGUUAUCCAAAGAGGAUACGGCACAUAAAUGUUCAAAUAUUUAGUACAAAUCUUUUAUUUAACGUAAACAUUGAUACCUUUGAUUAUCCAAUAGAUACCGAAAAUAUGUUUUAGAGUUAGGCGUCUUUGAUAUGUAAAUCAUCUUUAGUCGCAUUGGAAUAAAAGUAAAUAAGUAUUUGUCUUUUGUUUCUGAGAAAAAAAUAUAUAUAUAUAUUUGUUAUCUGAAACACGUUUCACUUACACGUCAAAUUACUUUUGUUG